GAUGAGGCACAUCAACACGCGAAGGAACCAUCGUCGGUGGGUCUGGCUCAAUGUCAAGUGAUGCGCGAGGCUAACCGGGAAUAUUACCUGAUUGACGGAGUUGUGAUGUGCAUACGCGCGGAAUUAAUGGUGUAGGUCUAGAUGGUCCUUCAGAUUGCCGGUUUUGUGGGCGCCUUAAGUCGAUCCCAACUACAGUCUCCCAAGGCAGACGCAAUUCCAGGGGUUCUCGUUGGACAAUGGACAAUGGGGGGCAAUUCUACAAGCUAUCAGAAUGGACAUCAUUGUGGCUUUGUCGGGCGACGGAUCACGGCAGUGAGAAGAACCAAACCCAACAAAGCCCAAAGCAAAGCAAAGCAACAAAGAAAACCGCUCAACCACUGGGCGCAGUCGUUCUCGAUGGCAUAUCUUGUUCCAAGAUUGGAAACCGCCGAGUACGAGUAAAUGCUGCUCUUGGACAAAAGCAGAAGGUUUCUGGAAGGGCGGCGGCCGGAGCAAAUCACGCAGCAUGGCUUGGGUCGGGGUCGGGGGUUUCUGAAUGUGUUGACCCGGGUCUGAUGAUCAGCAGAGCAAAUCAGCGCUUGCUGGUGGCAUUUCAUCAUGCCGAACGAGCUAAAGGCAUGCUAAGCAGAAGCCAUUUCCUUCUGGGGGGGAGUGAUGAGAAAUCGGGCUUUUGACAUAAUUUGAGUUGAUGGGUUGAGCUAGAUUUGGGGGUUCUUUGUUCAAAAAAAUUUGUACCACGUGCAGAGCUGCAGCGGUGAGUGCUUUUUUGUCAUGCUUGUUUUUUGAUGCUUUUCACUUUACCAGAGAUGGCACAUUGCAGCGCUGUUACGGAGUUUGCCAAGACGACGUGCUGUGGCAGUGCUGGAGUCGGUAAAGAUUGAUGCAUGUUUCUUUGUGGAAAUGGCCCGGGGCGAUCUGGCCAGUAGAAUGUGGUCAAGCGUCGAUACGGAGAAUACGGGCGGUCUCUUUGGGUCAGCCAUGCUGCAGGAUCUGGAAGCUUGUUGUUGCGGUUGUCUUUGGCGAUCGUGCCCAAACUCCACCGAACGUGGCUUUGUUCUUAUUGUCCAUACUGUAUCCCGUCG